GAGUGUGGAAUCUGCAUCUAGGAAUGCCAGCAUUUGGGGCAGCCUGUAGCUCGGAAUGUUUAGCCGAAGUUCGAACUCUCCGCUCCAACUCUAGGUUCUUUAAAUAAACCGUCGGCACGAGACGCGACCCGAGGCGCGGGCGCCGAGGCUCUGGGGCUGGAGACGCGGUUCCCGCCACUUUCUCGGGUUACUUGUGCUCCCUUCUUUCUGUGUUGGUCCGGUCGCCUUGGGAACCUUGCAUUUUGCUUAGCGGCUGCUGACUGAGCCCCAGCUCGUGGACCGGCUGUGCUCUGGCUUGGACGGAGGUGGCCCUUCUGCUGUGCUCACCGAGGUUCCUGGGUUGUAGGCGAACGAUCAGGUCUACCGGUUCAUCCUUUUAAAUCUAGAGGUAGAAAGGGAAUUCGAGAUGAAAGCCUGUAAGAUUAUUUGACAGUUGGAGCUGAAUCGGAAUAUAAUGGCAACAGGUGACUUAAAAAGAAGCUUGCGGAAGCUAGAGCAAGUGCUUCGUUCACUAAAUUACCCUAAUGAGGUGGAUUAUGUCGGCCUGAUGAAGGGAGACACAGCAGCAUCCUUGCCCAUCAUCAGCUACUCUCUUACCUCAUACUCCCCUCACGUAGCAGAGCUUCUCAUGGAGUCCAGUGUCGAGCUCAUAGCGAAGAACGACGUGCGCUUCACAGACACCGUCUAUAAGCUUCUUCGUGAUCAAUUUGAUUAUAAACCGAUUUUGACAAAAAAGCAAUUUAUACAGUCUGGAUUUGCUGAAUGGAAAAUUGAAAUUGUCUGUGAUAUAUUGAAUUGUGUGAUGAAAAAACACAAGGAAUUGAUUGGCCUUGACAAGAAUACAUCAUGCCUAAAGAAGAAGAACAUUUCUGAGAAGCCAGAACCUUGUUCAAGCAGUGAGAAGCGCCCUGCAGAGGCUGUUGGCAUCGACAUCACGGGCAGGUUCAUGACGUCAGGAAAGAAGAAAGCUGUGGUCAUCCGCCACCUGUACACUGAAGAGAAGGCCGGCGUUCCUGAAGGGAUGGUAACCUCAGCAGGAGUGAGUGAGGGCUGUGCGGAGUCUGAAGAGCAGAGUUCUGACAGUCGAAUUCCCGAGGCCCAGGCCCCUGAGGUCAAGGCUGAGCUGCAGGAUAUGUGUGACAAUCCUGAGAUUACCGCACUGCAGACCGCCCUGGCUGAGUGUCAAGAGAAGCUGAAGCAGCUGACGUGGAUAGAGAAACGGCUCGAGUGUUUGGAAGCUACGGCGAGCGGGAAAGUGAUGGUGGAUGAGAAGGCCUGGAACAACCUGCUAAGCCGCGUCACUCUUCUUGAAACAGAGAUGCUGCUGUCCAAAAAGAAUGAAUCUGUAGAGCGUAAUACGACAAGUGAAGACUGUGAGUCAAUCAGUGAUGUGGAUGUUGCGCCCUAUGAUAAAAACUGCAGUGUUGGGGGACCAGCAAGUAACUAUCACUCAUCUGGCUAUAGUGCAGUAUCAUGGGAAACAACGCCCAGAAGCUCCACUGUUAAUUAUUGUGUCUUGAGAGAUUUUUCAGAGGAAACAACUAUCCAGAAAAUGGAAAGGAUGAAAAAAAUGUUUGAGGAGACCGCGGAGUUACUGAAAUGCUCGAGUCGCUAACUGUAGAACUUCAGCUACUUAUAUAUUCUAUAUUUAAGAAUUCUGUGUAUAGUUUUAAUAUAUGAUAGUUUUUAUUAAGAAUUUGGAUUCUAUUUGAUAUGUGAUUUUUUUCAUUCUCAAAUAAAUACUUUUAAUAUUUUCAA